GUGGCUUUGUUCGAUGACAGUACUCAAUAUUACAAAUAAUGCGUUAUAAUACAGUUGCCAUAGCAGCAUAAAGCAGUUUCCAAGGACAGACGAUGGAAAGCCUUUGGGCUGGAGAGUCAUCGCAUCAAAACGAGGUGCUGGAACCAUGUGCAAUAUGCGGGAGAACUUUUCUGGCAAAUGUACUGGAGAAGCACACACCAAUUUGCAAGAAAACAGCAGCUAAAAAGAGGAAAGUCUUCGACUCCAGUCAGCAGAGGUCAGAGGGAAGUGAUUCGUUAUUGUUUCGUAAAUCUAAGGGGCAGGAGCCGGUUCAGAAGCAGUCAAACUGGCGCUGGAAACACCAGGAAUUGAUCAGGACCAUCCAUGCCACGAAGGGUCUGGCUUGCGCAAUGAAGGCUGGAGGCCCUCUGCCUCCACCUCCACCUCCUUUAUCUAACCCAGAUUACAUCCAGUGCCCGUGCUGUCUGCGGAAGUUCAAUGAGGCUGCCGCAGAGAGGCACAUCAACUUCUGCAAGCAGCAAGCCUUACGCCUGCAGAACCACAACAGAGGGAGAUCCCCAGCCAAGCCACAGUACAAACCUCCCCCAAUUAAGAAGGCAAACUCUGGACAGAAUGCUGGAGGGACCCCGGGAAGGAGGACGCCCUCUGCUGGAUCGGUGAGGAGAAGUUUCUCCCCCUCCCAAAACGACUCCUCCAUGACCAGCCCCACACCUGGUGCGGAAGCCAAGUGCCGCAGUUCUCCGGGGUCUGAUCUGAACUUGCUGGAGGGGAUUGGAGUGAAGAUGACUCCGAAGGCCCACAAUGCACAGCGCGCCACCCCCAGCGACGCGUGCUCAAAGCUGGCCAGGCCGGCCAACUUCUGCCAGGACUGCGGAAGCAGGUUCCCCUCAGCCCGGGCCCAGUUCUGCUGCGAGUGUGGACUGAAGAGGCUGUCCUUAUGAGCCGGGAGGAGCAGCACUGAGUCCGUCUGUCUCAAUGGCCACUUCCACCUCACCGGGUCCUCGCGUAUUGUACAUGUUGAGGCAAAUUUGUUCUGAAUAGUUUUAAAAGCUAUUUUUGUUUUAACACCCACAAAAAUGAAUAGAAAACACAAAAAACUAAGGCACUGCCCUGUACAUUAAUCCAGCCUGGUCAUUUAGGGAAUGUAGAACAUUGGCAUGUCUCCAAGGUGUUCAGCCAUAACAGCCCUGACCUUAGAAAUAUUAUUUAUGGUGCAUUUCAUUUCAGCUGAAAGGGUAUUUCCCAAUGACCGUACAGGAAUAUUAACGAGCGCGGCAUUGUUCCCUGUAGAGUCCCAUCGCUUGCAAUUACUGUGUUGUAUCCGAUGACAGUGUAACAUUCGGUGCUGACGUGAACAUUUGUACCUAUUACUUUGAAAUCUAUUAAAUAAUAAAAUGGCCCUGAACAGACUGGGAUCUGUAUUCCGCCGAGCUGGGCUGCAGUCAGCCGAUUAAUAGAGUCUGCUCUUUUAUUACAUGCAAUGUUUUUCAUGAAUUUCAAGGACAACCAAAAUGAUAAGUUGCCUUUCCUUCACCGUUUUAUUUGAAUUUAAUUGCAAUCUGCUCUGCAAUGUGAUUGAAUACCCGUGGGGUUUUCUUUUUAUUUAUGUUUAAAUGUCCAUUUUUACAUUAAAGUCGAAAUUAGGUAGCUGGAUUAGUAUGAGGGAAUUGCAUUUGUUUGAUUUAAGUACAUUUCUUAAUCUUUUUUUAUGAGGACUACAUUUAAUAAGUAUGAUAGAACAUUUAUAUUUAUGGGUUGUUGAAAUGCCAUAAUCUCCAUUUCACGGUUUCUGUUUUUUGUACAAAGAAAUCCCCCUUUGUAUGGCCAAGUGGAGUCAAAUUACCAUAUACAUUUCUCUAGCUUGUAUUCUGAGAGUACAGUACAUAUUCAUAUUUCAUACAGAAUGUUGCUUUGUGUUAUUUCAGGGAGCUUGUAAUUUAUGCAGGAUUGGAUGCGUCUCAGUGAAAUAUCUUUGGAGCGAAAAGCACAUUUCCUCAGUAAAAAGGCAUGGAGGUGUCUGCUGUACCGAGGUUAUUUUAGG